CAAAAACCGAGCCGCAGCCGCUUGAGAGCUAGGGUUUGCCGCCGCCACCUCGCCGCCGUCCUCGCUCGUGAACCCUAGCCGCGUUCCUGCUCCUCACCCGCAGCCGUCGCCACCAUGUCCGGGAGGAAGAAGACGCGGGAGCCCAAGGAGGAGAACGUGACGCUCGGCCCCGCCGUCCGCGAGGGAGAGUACGUCUUCGGCGUCGCCCACAUCUUUGCCUCCUUCAAUGACACCUUCAUCCAUGUGACGGAUCUGUCUGGGAGGGAAACGCUCGUCCGCAUCACUGGUGGCAUGAAGGUUAAAGCUGAUCGUGAUGAGUCAUCACCUUAUGCUGCUAUGCUUGCCUCACAGGAUGUUGCUCAAAGAUGCAAGGAGCUUGGGAUUACUGCUCUGCACAUUAAGCUCCGUGCUACUGGUGGAAACAAGACCAAAACUCCAGGUCCUGGUGCUCAGUCUGCCCUUAGAGCUCUUGCUCGAUCUGGCAUGAAGAUUGGUCGUAUUGAGGAUGUCACCCCAGUCCCAACUGACAGCACACGCAGGAAGGGUGGCAGAAGGGGAAGGAGGCUGUAAUUUCAAGUAUAUCGGCUGGUGUUUCCAGAUGUAGCAGUUCUAGACUGUUUUCAUCUCAUAUACUGAGCAAGUUUUGCAAUAUGUAUUGAAGUUUUGAGGUGUCAACUCGUGGACAUGUUUCUGUUUAAUCCUUGUUGACGAAGUAUGUGCCAUUCAACGUAGCAAGACACAAUUACAGGAGCUCCCACUUCUGUUAAUUUAUUUGCUUGUUGGCUCGAUAAAUAGUUGCAAAAGUGAUUUCAGUUAAUAUCAACCUGAAAUGCUCUCGGCUGUCUUUA